UGUAGAUUAUGAUUGGUUAUUAACAAAGCGCCUAUGUAUCGAGCCGACGCGGAGAUUUAUAAGGUACCAUAAAACACACUUAUCGUAUCUAGAUAGGAACGUCGUACAUAGGCAUGGCAUUUAAUAUUUGGAUGGUAGUCAGGUGCUAGUGACAUUAGGCCAUACAGUGAAAUAAUCAAGAAAAAGAUGGGUGAAGCACCAAGUGGCAAAUUUAUCGUAGUCAAAUGGGAAAGUAAGCAUGACAUAGAUCAAGAGCGGUUAAAGACAUUUGUCGAAGUCAAAACGAAAGAAUGUCCGACGAUUGUGACAGGGAACAUUAAACAUGCGGCGCUCCUCGUGUUUAAAACAGAACAAGGAACGAACAUUCUUCAGUACCAAUUACUGGAUCCGGAAUUUUGGAAAGUACAAAGCAUUAGCGUUGUCGAAGAAUCCACAUCCCUUUGGGUUACUAACAUUCCGGCGAGGUGUGAGGAAAGGGAUCUGUUCAGGUUCUUUACUAAUUCAGUAAGUCUCGAUAAUCUGAAACUAGACACACAUCUGAAGGUCGAUCACGACUACUUUUCACCUGAAGACGGAGUGGCAGUGGUGCAUCUGAAAACGUUAACAGACUUGAAUGAUGCCUGCAAAAAGCAGAAAAAAUUCAAAAAGUUUAAAGAUUGCCAGUUAUUUCUAACGCCGUUUUAUAAAGAUAUCUACGGUGUUCAAAAACCAAUUGAUGAGACUCCAUUCACGAUGGAUAUCAAAGAUGAAACAAAGCUGAUGUACAUGAUGGAAUUCUGGAAAGAAGAAAUAGAGGAGGAAAUUAAGACCUUAUAUUGUACUAAAAUAAAUUGGCCAAGAGAUCAUACAAUUUGCAAAGUAAAGUUCACAUUUGAUUGCCACCAUGAUGAUCACAGAUCCCAGCGGGGAAAGAAAUGGAAAGCAGACGUAGACAAUAAAUUUAAAGACUAUCAGGAGCAAAUUAAAAUCGACGCCAGGUUCGUUGAUGACUCAAUUAAAUCGGAAGUCAAUGGAAUUAUUGACAAGUAUACUGGAACAAAAGUAUCUGUGGAGAACAACCUAAACAGCAAUAAGUUGUUGUUAAUUGGGCGAAACAAGGAAGAAGAAUGGAUGGUGCUUCAAAAACAACUAGAUUCAAUUCAACCGCCAGAACCAAAGGCCACAGCAAAAGUACGACUUGAAUCAAAUAGACCGAGGGUAAUUGCUUUUAAAGACAUGGGCUUAAAGCAUACAAUGGAGUUCAAAUCAGUGGUGGUUGAAGUGGAUAUUGAUGGAUGCACCAUAUCUGUAACUGGCAACGCGACAGAAGUUCCGAACGCGGAGAGAAAUGUUCUAAAAUUGCUUGCUGAUAUGUGUGAACAGGAAGUUCACAUUCCUGAUGAUGACUACAAGCAAAUAUUAACGACCGACCAUAUGAAGGACGAAAUAGACAAAUGUAUCAAGAAACGUGGUACUAGAUGUGCAUUUGUAUCCGCCGGUGAUACAAUGAUAUUGUUUUCUAUGGAUAAUAAUGAACUUAUUGACAUGGAAAAGGAAGUUAUCAAUCUGAUUGCAAGGUUUAUGUUAAAACUCGAAGGAAGGAUCUACAGAAAUAAAGAGAUUUUUGAGAAAAAAAUAAAAGCGAUUGAAGAAGAAUUUUCCUCGCAUGCACGCCUGUCCCAUCAAGAAAGCAAUACUGAUGUAAAAAUAUCAAUUGUAUGUGAACAAAUCAUUUUACGUAAUGCCAUUGAAAAGAUAAAAAACGAGUUGGGUCCUCUUUUAGCCCGUAAGGAACCAUUACGCAUAUCGGAUUUCAUUGUCAAAUAUAUUAUGGACAAUAACACAAUUUCAAACAUCAGACGGGACAUAAGAGAAGCUAAAUUGAGUGAAAAUAUAUUGGUAAUCGAUUCCGAAUUAAAAUAUUUGGCCGUAGAGGGAGUGGAGGAGGAUCGGAAGAAAGUAGUUGAGAUUGUUAAAAAAUAUGCGCAUGGCAUUUACGCGUCAUGGAGAAACCUAAGCGGCGAAACCAUUGAUCAGUAUUGCGAAAAAAGUGAUUUUCAAACUUUUCUACUUCAAACUAUCAAGACCCAUUCUUGCAAAUUCAAAAUUGCCAGAAAAAAUGAACUUAAGGAGAGUCUUAUCUACUGUGUUGCAGUAAUGAAAUCUGGACAGGCUAUAUUUGUUGUAAAUGCCUCGUUUAAUGACCUAGAGAAUGCCGAUGUAAUUGUCAGUGUAACAAACCCUGAACUUAAGCCCGGUAGGAAAGGCCUCGCACGGGAUCUAGUGGAUAGAGGUGGCGAGAUCAUACAAGACAAGUGUGACGAACGUGUAAAACUCAAGGGGUCAUUGGGUAUUUCGGAAGUGUUCGUGAGCGACGCUGGCAAAUUGCAAUGUCAAAAGAUUAUCCAUGCUGUCGGUCCUGUUUGGCAAGGGGGACAGAAUAAUGAAGAGCAGAUGUUGUCGGUAACAUUGGAAAACAUUCUAAAAGUUAUGAACAAUGACAACGAGUUCAUUUUAAGGUCUAUAGCUACGCCACUGAUUGGUCACGGACAGGGGAAAUUUUCUGCCAAGCGAUCAGCUCGAGUUAUGCUACGCACUUUGAACGAUAAACUUAAGGAUUACCCAAAUGUUCGUGAAAUUUUCCUCGUGGAUUUUGAUCCCAAGACCGUGCGUACUAUUCAGAAAGAAAUGCAUGCACUGUUCGGAGAACUUUGUUUUCACACUCCUGUUGAAAAUAUUGGCUUUGGGAAAGGAACUGUUGUUUCAACCAAACCUGGUUUGUUUUGCCUGAGGUCUGGAAGUAGACGUAUCCCGCUGCCCGGCGGCAAAGUCUUGUGCAUUAAAUGGGGAAAACUUCAGGAUACAGGGACUGAGAUAAUAGUGAGUCCAACACCCACGGCCCCUCUACCCAGUGGACUUAUCAUCAACGCUCUAGCGGCAAAAUCAGUCCAUGUUGAUCUUAAAUCUGAAUGCUCUAAGGAAUUUAAAAAGCAACCUAAAGUUGAAAAUGGAACUAUCGUGCAAACUGUCGGCCCAGUAGGCUCUAUCUAUCAUCUUAAAAUAGAGCCAAAGUGGGACCAGGGAAAAGGAGCAAAGAAUCUGGAAGACUACACAAAAUCUUGCUUGAGCCGAGCUAUCCUUAACAAAAUCAAGUUCAUUGCUCUGCCACCUAUUGGGGUAGCAGAUAACUCGUACCCCGCCGUCGAUGUGGCAAGGACGAUGAUCCGAACUGUGGCACUGUUCGUCAAAGACAAACCAAAGUGCUCGCUGGAAGAAAUCAAUAUAGUGAUCCAUGACACGGAUAUGUCAACAACAUCGGCGUUCGAGCAUGUAAUGGGUGAGAUGUUCUCUAGGCGUCCACACAGACUGGAGGCAAAUAUUCUCGACUCUGUUAAAGAAAAAAAAUCACUGGAUUCCGUUAUCCGAUGAUGCUACAAAAGCCGCCAAUAAAUCACCUCCGAAUUUCGUCUCAAACGCACAACGUGUUUACCAUGUGGCAAAGAACGCCACUGUGGAGUUAGUGAAAGGAAGCUUGGAACUGGCGACGACUGAUGUUAUUGUUGGCACGACAUCAUCAUUUCCGAAUCUGAAUGGAGCGAUCGUCAGUGCUUUGCAAAAAAAUGGCGGGCCAUCAUUGCAACGGGAAUUGAGAAAUCAGUAUAGAUCGUAUCCCGGAAACGGCGU